AUGGAGUCGACAUCUCCAAAGAGGCGGAAACUGGACCAUGGGGACGAGGGCGCCCACAAGGUUCUCAUUUCAGGCGUGUCCACCCGAUUUUCGAGGUCGAGAGCCUUCAUUCUUGAAGCCGAAGAGCUCCUCGAAGAAGUUCGCCUGGACCAUACGGUUGCCUUGGAGGGCGUAGACGAUCUGCUCCACAGGAUCAAAGGCAUAGUCGAAGCUAUCAAGCCACAUGAGCCUCGUCUAAUUAUCGAAGCUGCAUCGAAGCUCGAGAAAAAAUCCCGAAUCAUAGUCCCAUUUCCCGAGCCGCGCCCUAAGGACGAUUCGCACCUCAAAGCCUCGUUUGCCAAGCCGCCGCAGUUCAAUGUCGUCGGCAGCUAUGUCUCCAAAACCAUGGCCAAGACCCAGAAGGCGCAUGCCGUGGACAUGGUCGUCGUCAUGCCUACCGAGAUAUUCCAAGACAAGGACUAUCUCGAUCUGAGGUACUUCCACAAACGGGCGUACUACCUGGCUGUUAUUGCUGCAGCUCUGCAAAAGGACCUCGGCGGCGAAGCUCGCCUAUCAUUCGAGAAUCUCAACGGAAACCCCCUCAGUCCCAUCCUAUCCAUUCAACCCAAGAUCCCCACAAAGGUCUCGAAAAAUGGACCUAAAGUCUCAGACAGCACCGAGGCUAGCGACCCGCUGGACUACAGGAUACAAGUUAUACCAUGCUUGCCGGACGCGCUCUUCCCUAAGGCCAAGCUUCACCUCGGAGCUGCUCUACUCCGCAAGGCCUGCGAAGAGGCCGCAGACGUCUCCGCGCAGUCCACCCCGUUCUACAACUCAACACUAACCGCCGAGGGCUGCUUUCUACCCUACUUGCGGGUUAUGCGACAGACGGAGAAGAAAUGCGCUGCCUUUAAGAAUGCCUGUAUCUUGGGGCGGGUUUGGUUGCAGCAACGAGGCUUUGAUGGCAGCAUUCCUGACGGCGGAUUUGGACACUUUGAAUGGGCAUUACUGUUGGCGCUUUUGCUGCAGAGUGACAGAAGCGGAAAUGCCACUCUAUCCGCCUCUCUCAGCAGCACGCAGCUCUUCAAGGCGCUCAUCCAGUUCUUGUCGGCGAUCAAUUUCGCCGAAACCCCCAUUUUCCUGGGCAACGGGAAUGAAGAUGUGAACUCUGCCACUCAGGCCUGUCCUGUUAUUUAUGAUUCUUCUCGCCAGCUGAACAUUGCGUUUAAAAUGAGCCCGUGGUCUGCUGCUCUCUUGCACCGGCAUGCCAAGUGGACCCGGGCCGUUCUGAGCAAUAAUGCCGUCGACCAAUUCAGUCCGACCUUCAUUCUCAAGGCCGACAUUCCCCUGCACAACUUCGACUUCAUAGCUCGCCUCAACUACGAUGGCUCGUCUAUGGAGGCGCCGGGCACUGAUUCUCGAGGCAGGGUCUGGAGAUUCGGCGAGAAGGUGUACAGGGUCUUGAAGAAGGCGUUGGCUGACAGCGAGCUGGGCGAAAGGGCACGUUUGAUUCACAUCAAAACCCCUGAGAGUUCGUCUUGGUCGCUCACAGGCAGUCCGGAUCUGAAGGGUAUUGCCACCCUGGAAAUUGGGAUUCUUUUUGACACAGUCAACAUGGCUCGCACAGUUGAUCGAGGCCCCUCAGCAGGGCCAACUACGGAGGAGAAAGAGGAGUGUGAAAAUUUUCGUCAAUUCUGGGGUGAGAAAUCAGAGCUCCGCCGCUUUGAACGGGACAGUAUUCGUGAAACCUUGAUAUGGACGUCGACCUCGCCCUUUGGUCUCUGUGAAGAAAUCGUGCGGUAUAUCCUCAAGCUGCACACGGGGAUCGGCCAUAUACACCAAGAACUGACAGUCGACGGCGACGGUCUCUCAGACCUGAUUCCCCUGAAAUCUACCGACACAGCUAUGUUCAAUGCGGCUAGGAAGGCCUUUAGCACCUUUGAGCAAGACCUUCGCGAGCUGGAUAACUUACCGCUCCAUGUCCGACAAUUGGCACCCAUUUGCGCCGAGCUCCGCCACACGUCAAUCAAGCCCCCAUCUCUCGAACCUCCCAAGUCAAAAUUUGGACCGCAGCCCAUGGAAACCGUCAUAUCGUUUGAGGCAUCGGGAAAAUGGCCCGAAAACAUCGUUGCAAUUCAGCGAACAAAGGUGGCAUUCCUUCUUAUGAUUGGGAGUCUUCUAGAGAAGAGCAAGGUCGGCCAAGUGAAGACGUAUCUUGGACUAGAGGAUGCCAAGUAUGAGUCCGAGAACCUUGCUUUCCUCGACGUCGUCUAUGAUUCCGGGGCAUCGUUCCGCCUACGCAUACACAGUGAUCUUGAGGAGACACUCCUGGAACGCCAAGUCAAAGACAAAACACUGGAGCAACAUGUUCGGUCUAAGGCGACUACAUUGCUGGCAAAGCUCAGGCGCCUUUACACAAAUCUGCCUCUACAUAACCAAGCGAUGACCACCUUUGCCGCGCGUUUCCCGGCUUUCUCUCCAUCAGUCCGACUGGUGAAGCACUGGUUCAACGCCCACAAGCUGUCGUGCCAUUUCACGGACGAAUUUCUCGAGCUUGCUGUGCUCCAUGUCUUCUUAUCUCCCUAUCCGUGGGAUGCUCCAUCGAGUGCCAGCACAGGCUUCUUGAGGACGUUACUCUUCCUUGCGCAUUGGGACUGGCGUUCUGACCCACUGAUAGUGGACACAAGCGGCGACAUGUCAGCAGCCGAUCGAGUUGCUAUCGAAACGCGCCUAGAAGCGUGGCGUAAACUUGAUCCAAACAUGAACCACACCGUCAUUUUUGUUGCCACAGGGCAGGAAUCAAACGGGAUUGCAUACACGGUGCUCGCCGGAGAAGCUAAGCCCUCGAAAGUAGUGGCGGCGCGGAUGACAGCACUGGCUAAGAGCGCUUGCCGCGCAAUCAGGGAGCAGGACGUGUCCCUUGAUGCCAGAAGACUCUUUGUCCCGUCUUUAAAUGACUAUGAUGUCUUGAUUCGCCUCAACGGAAAGACCAUCAAGAAUGCGUCAAUAACAUAUAUCACAGGGGAGAGCGAGGAGAGCAAGAGCAUAGGACGCUCAAAGUUCAAGAACUUGGAUGAGAGAACCGGCCGAGACCCUCUACCCCUCACCCAGCAUCCCGCCGAGGUCUUCCUGAAGCAGCUGAAUGCUGCUUACUCCGGCCCACUGGUGUUUUUCCGUGGUGUAGUGCGAGACACCACUAUUGGGGCAAUUUGGAAUCCCCAGAUGCAGAGGCGCAGUUUCAAGGUGAAUCUCCCUACUUCGUACAAGCCUGUUGGACGUGAACCAGGCCAGAAGGUUAGUUUGACUGGAAUGGAAGACAACCCUGAAGAACACGAAGAGGUUCUUAUUGUAAAUAAAGAGGCAAUCUUGGCGGAGAUUGCACGGAUAGGGGCUGAGUUGAUCGAGAGCAUCGAUGUGAAGGGGCAGUAA